GGGCGGGGCAGAGGCGGGCUGGAGGGGCGGCCUCUUAGAACCCGGGCGGGACUAGCAGCCAGCAGCCCGGCCGGCGCCCCUCUCCCGGCUCACAGGAUCUCUGCCGUAGUUCCGAGGUGGAUCGCGCAGGUGCAGGAACAAGGGCAGUCUGGAGCUCAGAGGAAGCAUCACCCACUCUUGUCUGGUCGCGACGCCCCACAACUCCACCAAGAAGUGACGUUCUUCCUACUGCGACCUUUCAAGCUGGUCUACAGCCUCUCUCAGUACUCCAGUCACGAAAGGCAAGGAGAGAUAAAGACUGCAGCCCUUUCAGCUCCCGACCUCACCCUGUCCCUGGGGAUCCUUGCGAGCUAGGGGCGCCUGGGGCAAUGCUGGCCCUUUAAACCUUUGCUUUCCACCCAGAGUAUCUCCCAUCUCUCCAUAAGCUCCACUUCCGACAGCUGGCAACCGUGGAGAGCCAGGAGGCAGGGGGCAGGUACGGGGGCGACGGUGAGGCCCCGAGAAGGCGCAGGAACAGCUGUGGACACCCACCCCUCGGCUCACAACCCGCAGCGGGACUGGCGGACGCCUGGACUGGAGGGUUAACCAUUAACCCUCCACUCCUCCGUUGCGGAGAGCUGCUCUCUGCUCCUGCUACCCAGGGUGGGCACCAUGCCCGGCCUAUACUGCCCCACCAGCUGGACGCCGCUGCCACUCACCGACUCCUGCGUCCGGGCCUAUGCCAAGGGACCCUGCCUCAGCCUGCGUGCCCGGCUCACCUACCACAACCCGCAGCCCCAGCCUGUGGACGGCGUGUUCGUGUACCCUCUGGCUGAGGCUGAGGUGGUAUCUGGCUUCGAGGCCGAGGCGGCCGGACGACGCGUCUCCUUCCAGCUGCAUAGUCGGCGCCGAUCGCAGGCCGCCUGCUGUCGCGCUCUGGGCCCGGGACUAGGGACCUCUACUCCCCGCCGCUGCGCACAGGGUCAUCUUGUCUUGGAUCUGGCCCAAGCCCGGUCCACACUGGUGUUGCCCACCGGCCUUGUGGCUGCAGCUGGUACCAUGACAGUGACCCUGUGCAGCAGCCGGGAGUUGCCCUCGAGGCCUGAUGGGGUGAUGCAUGUGGCCCUGCCCACUGUGUUCACCCCACUGGCCCAGCCAAACCUGCCAGGGUCCCCCAGGUCUCCGGGGCUCUGUGACGACAGGUUGGGCCUAUGCCCCACCAGCUGCUUCGGGGUAGGCAGCCCUGAGGAGGAAAGGUUGACCUGGGAGCAACCAACCACCCCUCCGGACGUGUUCUCAGGCCCUGCCCGCUGUCCUGCUCCGUAUACCUUCUCUUUCGAGAUGCUAGUGACGGGACCAUGUCUGUUGGCAGGCCUGGAGAGCCCCUCUCAUGCUCUUCGUGCAGAUGCCCUCCCUCAUGCCAGCUCUGCAGCAACUAUCUGUGUCACCUUGGCAGAGGGCCACCAGUGUGAUCGGGCCUUGGAGAUCCUCUUGUACCCCAGUGAGCCCCAUCAGCCACACUUGAUGCUGGAGGCUGGCAGUUUGAGUUCAGCAGAAUAUGAGGCCCAAGUGAGGGCCCGCCAUGACUUCCAGAGGUUGCAGCAAAGAGACAGUGAUGGGGAACGGCAGGUGUGGUUCCUGCAGCGACGGUUCCAUAAGGACAUCUUGCUGAAUCCUGUGCUGGUGCUGAACUUCUGCCCAGACCUGAGCUCCAAGCCUGGACACCUGAAUGCAGCUACCCGAGAGCUCUUCUUCCUGUUAGAUGGCAGUGGUGCAGGACACAAGGAUGCCAUUGUUUUGGCUGUAAAAUCCCUCCCAGCUCAGACGCUAGUCAACCUAGCCAUAUUUGGGACAUUGGUACAGCCACUUUUCCCAGAGAGCCGGCCUUGCAGUGAUGAUACUGUGCAGCUGAUCUGCGAGAGCAUCGAGACCCUUCAGACUGUGAGUGGUCCCCCUGAUAUGCUGGCUGUAUUGGAUUGGGCCUUAGGGCAACCCCAGCACAGGGCCCACCCUCGACAGCUGUUCCUGAUCACUGCUGCCUCACCAACGGCUGCCACUACUCACCAAGCCCUGGAGUUCAUGAGGUGGCACAGAGGGGCAGCCAGGUGCUUCUCCUUUGCAUUGGCACCUGCCUGCCACCAGCUGCUCCAUGACUUGUCUGUCCUCAGCAGAGGGCAGGCUUACUUCCUGAGGCCUGGGGAGAGACUUCAGCCUAAGCUGGUACAGGCUCUUCGGAAGGCCCUGGAACCUGCUUUGAGUGACAUCUCCGUGGACUGGUUUGUGCCUGAUGCUGUGGAGGCCCUGCUGACGCCCCGGGAGAUCCCAGCACUCUACCCUGGGGACCAGCUGCUUGGCUACUGCUCACUUUUCAGAGUGGAUGGCUUCCGGUCCCAUGCUCUAGGGGGCCAAGAGCCUGGUUGGCAGAGCUUGGGCGGCUCAGUCUUCCCAUCUCCAGAGGAAGUCUUGUCUGUCACCAGCCCUGGCACUGAGCCAACGCACACCACCGAGCCACUGGGAACAGGCACUGUGUCAGCAGAGCUGUCCAGCCCGUGGGCUGUAGGAGACUCAGAGCAGACAGGUAUGGAAGCUCUGACAGACCCGGUCACGGACCCUGGACCUAAUCCCUCAUCCGACACAGCUAUAUGGCGGCGCAUCUUCCAGUCCUCAUACAUCCGGGAGCAGUAUGUGCUUACCCACUGCUCUGCCAGCCCUGAGCCAGGCCCAGGCUCCACCUGCAGCAGCGAGUCCCCAGGCUCCCAAGGCCCUGGCUCCCCCAAUGGUAGCCUUCCCCUGGAUCCCCCUUCUCAGCAGGGCUGCCGAAGCCUGGCCUGGGUAGAACCUGCAGGUUCCCGUUCCUGCCCCCUGCCUGUACCCCCACCAUCUCCAUUCAAGGUGGGAGCCGUGAGCGCUGAGGUGCUGGGCCGUAGGCAAAGAGCAGCUCUGGCUGGUCGAAGUCUCUCAUCUCCCUCGGGCAGGGCAAACCCAGUCCCUGGUAGAGCCCGGCACCCCUCUCUAGAUGCAAUACCAGAUGGCUCAGGCCCUGAGCCAGGACAACAGCUGGGUAAGGGCUUCGAUGAUUCAGGAAACCUGCUCUCCCCAGCCCCUUUGGACUGGGAUAUGUUGAUGGAACCGUCUUUCUUAUUCAAGGCUGUGCCACCCAAUGGCGAAUCAGCUCCUCCAGCAGAACCUCUGCCUCCUCAGGCUCCACGUUGUCACGUGGUGAUCCGGGCCCUGUGUGGGGAACAGCCAAUGUGCUGGGAGGUGGGUGUUGGGCUGGAAGAACUCUGGGGUCCUGGGGAUGGCUCCCAGCCUCAACCAUUUCCGAUGAAAGAAGCUGCGUGGGAUCAGGCACUCCACCGGCUGACAGCAGCCUCUGUGGUCCAGGACAAUGAACAGCUGGCUCUCCGUGGAAGAGCUGAAACCACCGCUGAGCAGGGCAGAGCCAGAAGGUCCUGGCUCAGAGCCAUUCAGACAAGCAAGGUCAGCUCUGCCCCGUCCUGCUUUACUUGUCCUGUUGCUGUAGACGCUACCACUAGGGAGGUCUUGCCUGGAGCCCUGCAGGUGUGGAGUUCAGAUCCAGCUGAGCUCUCAGGCGUGUCUGCCUCUCAAGACCAUCUAGCUGCCACUUCUCUGUCCACAGCAUUCCACUCUAAAGGUGCCUGGGAUCUGGACCUAAAUGACAACUCCAAGUCAGCAUUGGGGGAGCCCAUAUCUCCUACUGGAGAUCAUCAUGGCUUGCCCCACCAGCCUCCAGCCUCUUCCAGGCUCAGCCUGGGUCGUCCCCGCAGACUUUGCAGCUCCAAUAAGGGCCAGACUCAUGAGAACAGCAGUGAUGGCAGCAACCAUGACUACCUGCCUUUGGUACGACUGCAAGAGGCGCCAGGCUCCUUCCGCCUGGAUGAACCCUUCUGUGCUGCUGUGUGCAUUCCUCAAGACCGCCUGUGUCGAGCCUCGCCCUUUGCUGCACACCGUGCCAGCCUCAGCCCCACCUCGGCCUCAUCUCCUUGGGCAUUUUUGGGCCCUGGUAUCGGCCAGGGUGACAGUGCCACAGCCUCCUGCAGCCAGUCCCCCAGCUCAGGCUCCGAAGGUCCAGGACAGGUAGACAGUGGGAGAGGCUCAGAUACUGAGGCCUCAGAAGGAGUGGAAAGGCAAAACAGCUCUGAUCUUCGAGGGCGCACUUGGGCCACGGCUGUGGCCCUGGCGUGGCUAGAACACCGCUGUGCAGCUGCCUUUGGCGAGUGGGAACUGACAGCUUCCAAAGCUGAUUGCUGGCUGAGGGCCCAACACCUGCCAGAUGGCCUGGAUCUGACAGCUCUUAAAGCGGCUGCCCGGGGGCUCUUUCUGUUACUUCGACACUGGGACCAGAAUCUGCAGCUACACUUGCUGUGUUACAGCCCUUCGAAUGUGUAAGGCUGCUUGCAGCUCUGGCUAGCGACCCCCAACACAAAGUCACUGCCAUCCAGGGCCAGUUUCUUGGUGCCAGGAAAGAAUAAGUUGGUGUCUGCUAUCCUCCAUUGCUUCACACACACACCCCUCCGAAUUCUUGCCACCACAGAAAGUGCCUGCCUGUGCUCUCUUCUCUCUCCUCCCACUCCAUACCCCCUCCUAUAUGCUCGGAGCUCUCUAUAGGAUAAUGGAAGAGAAGAGAGCUACAGUCCCAAAUCCUAUGCAAUAAAGUGCCUCUUAAGACUGC